AUGGCGAUCGUGCGCGCGGCCGCGCCGAAGCCCGCCGCCGCGCGCCAGUUCGCGCGCGCGCCGUCCGCGCUCGUCGCGAUAGCGCCGAACCGCCAUCGCGCGUUCCGCGCCUCCGUCGCCGCGAAGGCGGCGUACGGCAAGGACGAGAAGGGCGACUACCCGAGCCUCGACUACAGGAUCUUCUUCAAAGACGGCGAGAAGGCCAUCUCGCCGUGGCACGACGUCCCGCUCUACAACGCGGACGGGACGUGCAACUUCAUCUGCGAGAUCCCCAAGGAGACCAAGGCGAAGAUGGAGGUCGCGACGGACGAGCCGCUGACGCCGAUCAAGCAAGACACGAAGAAGGGCAAGCUUCGCGACUACCCGUACAACAUCAACUGGAACUACGGCAUGCUCCCGCGGACGUGGGAGGACCCCGGGCACGAGCACCCGGAGAUGAAGGUCAUGGGCGACAACGACCCGGUGGACGUCGUCGAGAUCGGCUCGGCUCAACGCGAGAUGGGUUCGGUCGUCCCGGUGAAGCCGGUCGGCGUCUACGCGAUGAUCGACGACGGCGAGCUCGACUGGAAGGUCAUCGCGAUCGCGGCGGACGACCCGAAGGCGAAGGACGUGAACGACGUCGCGGACGUGGAGAAGCACUUCCCCGGGGAGCUCGAGAAGAUUCGCGUGUGGUUCCGCGAUUACAAAACCCCGGACGGAAAGCCGCAAAACGCGUUCGGCUUGAACGACGAGUGCAUGGACAAAGCGUACACGAUGGCCGUCAUCGAGGAGACGUCGGGGUUCUACGAUAAGCUCAAGUCCGGCGCGCGCGAGAACGACAAGGGGCUCUCGCUCGAGUAAUUAAUCAUACCGUACGUCCGAGCC